AUGACGAACCUGGACAUGCUGCUCCUCAAGGGAGCGUCGUCCAAUAACCCAGAAGAGAACCUGAAAGAAUUGCGCUACACUGUACUCACAAAAGGAAUCCCAUCCAACCUCGAGGGCAUGUCCGAACUGCGCAUCUACGUCUGGCUCAUCCUGCUCAAUGCGCCGCCGCUCAAAACUGACGUCUACCUCGACCUCGUUCGACAAGGCGCGUCGCCCGCGCACGCCAAAAUCCAAAACGACACCUUUCGCACCUUCCAGGGCGAUCCGCUGUUCCGGCGGCGCGUCACGCAAAACAGCAUCACACGCGUGCUCAACGCCGUGGCCUGGCGGCUCAACGAUGCGCACGAGGCGCGCGUCAACGGCUGGCAAUCCCCCCCGACGCUGUCCGAGUUUGGUGGCAGCCCAGACGCCUCGAUGAUGUCGCGGCAUUCGCUGACCGGGGGCACGCGCACAGAAGCCUCGACGACAAACGACGCCGAGCAGAUUGGCUAUGUGCAGGGCAUGAAUGUGCUGUGUGGGCCGUUUUUAUACGCGGCCAGGAGCGAAGUCCAGGCUUUCACGGGGUUUGAAAAGCUGAUUACGCAGGAGUGCCCGGGGUAUGUGAGGGGCUCGAUGGAGGGUGUGCACAAGGGUCUUGCGCUCGUCGAUCGCGUCCUCGAGGUGGUGGAUCCCAAGCUCUAUGCACAUCUCAUGGCGCACCACAUGGAAGCGAGAAUCUACGCCUUUGCCUCCGUCCUCACAAUGUGUGCCUGUACCCCGCCCUUGCCAGAGGUCCUGCAGCUCUGGGACUUUCUCUUCGCAUACGGCCCCCAUCUCAACAUCCUCUGCAUUGUGGCACAGCUGGUCCUGCUGCGUACCGACAUCUUGAACAGUCCUAGCCCAAACACUAUCCUCCGCAAUCUUCCCGGCCUCAAUGCCUCCAAGAUCAUCGCCGUGGCUAUGAGCUUCGCAGGCAAGAUACCAGAGGCCAUGUAUGCAGAGAUUAUCAAUCAUGCAAAGUGA